GUAAAAAUCGGAACCUGGGCCGAAGAAACAGAGGGUUUUCUAUUUUUCUUCACAGACGUGUCGACCGGAACGAUGGGAUGGCAAGUGCUGUUGUUUAUCUCGGUGCUCUCUGUCAGUGUAGUGUGCGGGCAGGUCAGUUACUCCAUCCCUGAGGAAAUGAAAAAGGGGGCUCUAAUAGGAAAUAUAGCCCAGGAUUUAGGUUUGGGUGUGGAACGAUUGCAGUCCGGUAAAGCUCGUAUUUAUACUGGUAACACUGAAGAAUAUAUUGAGCUGGAGAGAGAAAGAGGAGCCCUGCUAAUUAAAGGCAGAAUAGACAGAGAAUCGCUCUGCGGUCAAACAAUGCCCUGCGCGCUCCAUUUUCAAAUGAUCCUGGAAAACCCGAUGGAGUUUUACACGGUGACUAUUGAAAUAACUGAUAUAAAUGACAACCCUCCCACAUUUGAGAGGGGGGAGAUGAAAUAUGAAAUUAGCGAAUCAUCUCUUAAUGGAGCUCGUUUCGUCUUGGACAAAGCCAUGGAUGAUGAUGUUGGUGUCAACGGGUUGAACAGCUACGCCCUAAAACCCAGUGACAAUUUCGCUCUGAAAACCAUCAGUCGAGGAGAUGGGACUAAACAUGUCGAGAUGGUUUUACAGAAACCCUUAGACCGAGAAAAGCAUGAACAUAUAUCUUUAAUACUAACCGCUAUUGAUGGCGGUGAACCACAGCUCUCGGGAACAAUGCAGAUUCUCAUAGCUGUUUUAGACGCAAAUGAUAAUCCUCCCGUUUGUUCAAAAGCGGAAUAUAAAGCAAGUGUUACAGAGAACGCUCCUAUUGGUACUGUAAUUACUACCGUGAGGGCCACUGACAUAGAUAAAGGCAGUAACGGAAAAGUAACAUACAUGAUCUCAAAAUCUGGAGCUUCAAGUCUCUUUCAAAUUGAUGCAGAAAAUGGAGUAUUGACCUUAGUUGGUAAUGUAGAUUAUGAAAAAAGGAGACUUUACGAACUUGAUGUUCAGGUGUCAGAUCAGGGAGGAUUAUCCGAUGCAUGUAAAGUGAUAGUGGACGUGGCAGAUACAAAUGAUAAUCCCCCAACCAUUAACAUCAUGUCUAAUUCAAACACAGUAUCUGAGAACGUGAAACCCGGGACGGUUGUAACAAUGCUUAAUAUACAAGAUCCAGACGCAAAUGAAAACGGAAAAGUCAUGUGUGUUUUGAACGAGAAUAUCCCUUUUGCCAUUAAAUCAACGACACACAAUUUCUUUAGCGUUGUCACAGACAGUGAUUUAGACAGAGAGAGAGCCUCUGAGUACAAUAUUACUGUGACCUGCUCUGAUGAGGGAGUCCCCUCCCUCUCCAGCAGCGUCACUCUCACCUUACAGAUCUCUGAUGUGAAUGACAACGCGCCUGUCUUUGAGAGGAGCUCAUAUGAGGCCUUCAUUGUAGAAAACAACACACCAGGCCUCUCUAUAUUCACAGUGAAAGCCAGAGACGUUGACUGGAACCAGAAUGCCCGUGUUUCUUACAUACUGGAGGACUCCUCUGUUAACGGAGUGCCAGUCUCCUCAUAUGUGUCCGUUAGUGCUGAUAGUGGAGUCAUCCAUGCAGUGCGCUCUUUUGACUACGAGCAGAUCAAAGAUUUCCACUUCCGCGUCAAAGCGCAGGAUGGAGGCUCUCCUCCACUCAGUAGCAAUGUGACUGUGAAAAUAUUGAUCCAGGACCAGAACGACAACCCUCCUCAGGUUCUGUACCCAGUCCAGACUGGUGGCUCUCUGGUGGCUGAAAUGGUGCCUCGUUCAGCAGAUGUGGGCUAUCUGGUGACUAAAGUGGUGGCUGUUGAUGUGGACUCUGGACAGAAUGCCUGGCUCUCCUAUAAACUGCAGAAAGCCACAGACAGGGCACUGUUUGAAGUGGGCUUACAGAAUGGAGAAAUAAGAACUAUCCGCCAAAUCACUGAUAAAGAUGCAGUGAAACAAAGACUGACUGUUAUAGUGGAGGACAACGGGCAGCCCUCUCGUUCAGCCUCAGUCAUUGUUAACGUGGCGGUGGCGGACAGCUUCCCUGAAGUGCUGUCGGAGUUCACUGACUUUACACACGACAAGGAGUACAAUGACAACCUGACUUUUUACUUAGUGUUGGCUCUAGCUGUAGUUUCCCUCCUCUUCAUCACGUGUUUAGUGGUUAUUAUAUCUGUGAAAAUCUACAGAUGGAGACAGUCUCGCAUCCUGUAUCACUCCAAUCUCCCUGUGAUUCCAUAUUAUCCACCACGUUACUCAGACACUUUGGGCACCGGGACUCUCCAGCACGUGUACAAUUACGAGGUGUGCAGGACGACUGACUCCAGAAAGAGUGACUGUAAGUUCGGCAGAGCUGGUAGUCAGAACGUGCUGAUAAUGGACCCCAGUUCUACAGGGACGAUGCAGCGGAUACAGAAUGAAAAGAGCAUCCUGGAUGAACCAGACUCUCCUCUAGAGGUUAGUUAA